UUAGUUGGUUACUUGGGUGUUUGAUUGUUUUACUCAUCAGUUAGCUGGGUUUAGUUAGCAGUUGAUAAAAUGACCUCAAAUCAAGACAGUACUUCAAUUGAGUAGCUCCAAGCAUCUGCGUAGGAGGUCCAUAGCUUUGUUGCAUGCAGCAUCAGGCCCGGGUUCACAGCGAACAUUGAUCGAAAGCCGGGCCUUGCGCGUUGUUUGCCCGGCGCGGCUGCACUCCACAGACACAGACGGAUAUGGGACGUCAUACCAAGCGGGCGGCCGUGCUGCUACGUCUAUCUGCCCUACACACGACUGGGACGUCCCUUCUGAUUUUCUCUCUGUUCAGGCGAAAUUUGACUUUGCGACAAUGCCCAACACGACCGGAAUCCAUGUCUCCUGCAACUGAAGCUCUCUAGACCCAGUGACAUUAAGCGAGCCCACUUUUACUCUUUGUACUGGAGUCGGCAAUUAAAUAGCUUUAGGCUACUGAUGAAAUUGGGAAGUUAUUUUAUUGAAGAUAGAAUCUCAGUCUGCAACUGCUAUUUAUCUGCACCUAAAUUUAGGCAGUACUAUGUCAUCACGCUCAAAGGAGAAGAUGGCAGCUGCAUUCCGCAAACUUUUCCGGUCAUCCCAGAAGAUUAGGGACCCAGAAGGUGCUGUUGGAGGACAAGGAUGUUCCAGCAACAGUGGAUCCCCUGCCAGAAGACUGCUGAGUCGACAUGGCUAUCACAGAGACGCUGUCAUGCCAGCAGAGAGGAGUCCAGGAUUGGAUGGGCCCUCUUCGGGUUCUGGAAGUUACAAAUAUGUGACUGAUCUCUUUAGAUCUAAAAAGACAGGACCAGGAAGCUCAGAGAAACAGUCGUUGCUGAGUGGAAACAGUGGGGGGUCUCAGAGAACGGUCCGUUCUCGUAGACUGAUGAAGGAACUCCGAGAGAUUCAGAGGAUACAGCAGCAGUAUCAUCAAGACCCUGUUUUUACAGUGGAGCUCGUCAAUGAUAAUUUGUUUGAAUGGCAUGUCCGUCUCUAUAGGAUUGACUCAGACAGCGAACUUGCUAGUGAUAUGAGAGAUAUGGGCAUCCCAUAUAUACUAUUGCAUCUCAUGUUCCCAGACAAUUUUCCUUUUGCUCCCCCUUUUAUGCGUGUGAUAUCACCACGAAUAGAAAAGGGUUUUGUCAUGGAGGGUGGAGCCAUCUGCAUGGAACUCCUGACGCCUCGGGGCUGGGCCAGUGCAUAUACAGUGGAAGCUAUUGUCAUGCAGUUUGCUGCCAGCAUCGUGAAAGGGCAGGUAUGUAUGUUACGGCUAAGAGCACAGUUUUAUUACCAUUUCAUUCUACUCAUUAAAAAGUGGUGUUACAUCCUCCAAAGUAAAACCUGAUCUUAUUGUAGUUUC